AUGACACGAGAGCUUAUUCCUCCCCCAUCGGCGCUCAACCUUUCUCAAUGGACGAAUGAUUUGGACGCCGUCGGAUACAAUGUUCUGGGCAAGAAAAGCCUAGUCGGACUUGGGUGUUCUGUUCUUUUACAAAUUCCAAUCACCCGCUAGCAUUGCGCCGUAGCCAUGCAUCACGCUUUACCGCCGCGAAAGUCGUCCAAAGCUCCUCCUUUUGCUCCGCGCACUUCGGUUCUGUCCCUCCAACGCCGCCGACAGUUGAAGACUAUAGGGAUUAUUGCGCUUGCAGUAAUCUUUGUGCUUUUAGUUCUCUCUCGGUUCUUCUCGUUCUCUGUCAGUGGACCGAUUGGGGCCGUUAUUCCUUCGGGGACUGCGAAUAUUGUUCUGGUCACCUUGUUCGACAGACAGGUUCUGAGUGAACAAUAUGCAGAAUGGAUUCAAAACAAUCGGGAAGAUUACGCGGCCCGACAUGGUUAUGCGACCUUCUUCGCGAACGCCUCCGAUUAUCUAUAUACUCUAGAUGAGAAAACACCUCGAAGUUGGCUCCAAGUCCCCGCUGUUCGACAUGCUAUGGCCGAGAACCCGCAUUCGACGUAUUUCUUUUUCCUUGACGCCCACGCUUUCAUCAUGAACCCCUCUCUUGCCCUAGCGACGCAUGUACUCGAGCCGAAACUGCUAGAGUCUUUAAUGAUUAAGGAUCAUUCCGUCGUGCCUCCAGAUAGCGUUAUCAAGACAUUCUCGCAUCUUACAUCAAAAGAUGUAGAUCUCAUUAUCACCCAAGACGGUGAAGACUUGGUUCCGGGCAGCUUCAUAAUCAAGCAAGGACCUUGGGCCAAAUUCUUCUUAGAUUUAUGGUUUGAUCCGUUAUAUCGGUCAUAUAACUUUGCAAGAGCGGAGAAACAUGCAUUGGAUCAUAUCGUUCAAUGGCAUGCAACAAUCCUUGCAAAAUUAGCCCUUAUACCACAACGGGUAAUCAACUCAUAUAGUAAAGAUUCACCAGACGUUUCCGCCGACGGGACAUACCACGACGGUGACUUUAUCAUCCAUUUGAACGAUUGUAAUGCUCAAGGUCGAAGCUGCGAAGAAGAGUUACAUCCAUAUUAUUCUGUGUGGCAGAGGAAGAUUUCUAGUUCAAAGUCGUUGUAACCUUUUGUUUUGUUAUCAUUUCCGCAUAUGCUUCAUAGAUCGAGGGAGGAGUUCUUUUUGAGCAGUGUGACAGAUUGCAUGAGGCGUUUGGGGACACCGUAUACCCAUAUGGAGACCAUGUUCCAUUUUCUUGAUACCAUUAAUGGUAAUUUUAUCAUGUCGAAUUGAUCUUAAGAUUCUGCGUGUAUAACAGGACUGCAAAGAUUGCUUGCAUUUUGAUACUGAAAGUUUCAAGACAAAUGAGUUUUCUAAUGAAAUAUCAAAUAAUAAUGUACAUACACUUUGAAAUCAAUCUGCCCGCAUGCCCCAGAAUUCGCUAGUCAAGAUAUGAUACACAAGUUUCUUGUCAACUCCCUCUUAGCAUCAUGCCAACACUGGCGCCUGCUCCUGCUUCUGGGAACCCUUCAAGGUCUCCGGUUCGGGUAAUGUCUCCUCGUUGGUUGAAGCCUCUUCUAACACCUUUGUGACUUCUCUAGCAUCUUCAAUAGCCUCCACAGCGAAUGUAACUCCACUCAAUUGCUUCGCCUUAAGCCAUUCUUCAAAGGUGUUUGGAGACUUGGAAAUGCCCAAUUUCUCCCUCUCCUCAGCAAAUUUCUUCUUCAUUGAAGGUGACUGCAUAAUGCGAUAUCUCAACUUCCACCCCGUCAAUCCCAAUUCCUUUAAUCUAGAUGGCUUGUCGCAAAGCAAAUAAUUGUCCAGUCCACCACAUUUCCGAAUCGUCCGCAACGCCUUCCGGGUAAGCUUGACAAAGACUUCUUCACCCAGUGCUUCACUGGGGAGCUUCUUCCAUCGCACAUUGGGUUUCCAUGAACGUCGUGUUUUGCCUUUAUUUCUUCCCUUGGAGAUCUUGUUGCCGAAACUGAUCGUUACACCGCCGUACAAACCGCUGUCGGCUUGCUUGUAUACGUAGUUCGGUUUGUAGGGAUAUGGCGGGAUGUGUUCGGGUAUUGUUUUGACUUUCUGGAGGGACGAAGAAGUUGAGAAACCGCGCUUUAUCGUGGGCACGCUGGUGUUCAAGGAUAGUCCUCGGAAUGUCGCAUUGAGGGAGGAGGUUGACGCGGUCAUCAACCGGGUUGGUAUACCCGCCAUUGUGAUUUAUAGGAUGUCCAAUUAAAUCAGCGGGUAGGCAUUAUACUCGAAUAAUUAUCGAUUUGAGCGCGCUGGUGUGUAGACCUCCAGUUGGAGUUGGGAU